ACGUAUAUGAACUUAUUUUAGUGAAUCAAGCGUCGGUGAAGAAGUCGGUCGUGUUCAUUCACCUUAGUCCGGAACGUUUUAAAAUGUUUCGAAUACUGUGUGUUCUCGCGUGUUUUAAUUUAGUUCUAAGUGACCCUCUAAACACCUACUGCUGUUUGGAAGAAGAUGGUAUUUUGGACGAAAAUGAAGCAAUCUGUGUAAAUCCAGUCAAUGAUAGUAAAAAGCCUAUACGGUUCAAUUGUGACAUUACCGUAAGAAUAUUUGAAUCGGUUUACAACUUUACAGUGAACGAUGAUGCAUCGGCCACCUUAUUUUUUGGAGAUCAAUCUUUCUUACAAGACGCGGGAACAUUUUGUGCCGCAAAUGAAACUACGAAUAACACGCAAAAAUUGUUAUUACUUUGUGAAGUACAGGAAGAGACGACGACGAACUUAGUAUUGAGUUAUUGCAUGAUAGUUUCAGCAAUUUUUCUUGCCUUAACCGCUAUAGUAUACUGCGCAUUACCAAUCCUAAGAGAUUUACAAGGCAAAAGCAUUAUUUGUUUCUGCGUGAGUUUAUCGCUGGGCCUAAUUAUUUUGGCCAUAAUGAAACUCAUGGAAUAUUCCGAUAUGAAUUUAUGCGCUGCUCGAGGCUUCCUGACCUAUUAUUUUAUGGUAUCAAGUUUCUUCUGGAUGAAUUCCAUCUCGAUACAGAUUCUAUUUCGAAUCAAACGUCCAUCAGUGCCCGACUAUGGCUGGCGCACCUUUUCGUGGUACGCUCUUUACGCGUUUGGCACACCCGCGCUUAUCACAAUCGCUAUGGCCAUUAUCAACUUCCACCCUGGAAAACAUCAAAAGCCAGGCAUCGGUCUCAACACUUGUUGGUUUUACGAUAAAAGGCAACAAUGGUACUACAUGUAUAGUGUACUAUCAAUACUCAUGGCACUAAAUAUAGGUAUAUUUUUCUACUUGUCAGUUUACUUGUGGAGACAAACCUUCCUAUCAACACACGUCAAGGAAUUGCGUUAUAAGUUCCGAAUGACAUUAAAGAUGUUUAUUAUAAUGGGUCUGCCCUGGAUAUUUGAAAUGAUUAGUACUUUCUUCGAACCACAUAUCAUUUGGACACUCUUGGACAUAUUUAACCUCAUCCAAGGCCUCUUAAUAUUCAUCGUCCUAGUCGUGCUACGAAAGCGUGUAUUAAAAGCUCUAUACAAAAGAGGCUGCCUGGAUUGCGUUUCCGGUAUAGUUGAGCGAUACCUGGCGAUCGCAGAAGACGACGAAGAAGUUGUGCAACACACCAUUGACGUGCCUUUAGACGAUAAAAAACAUAAUAAUAUUUGAAGAGAUCUUGCUGGAAAGGCUUUGUGUCUAUUAAGAUACCAUGACUGGUCUGGGAAUUCACUUACAAGGCCAGAGGACAGAUUUAACACGGUUAAAAACUACUACUAACUACUACUACUAAUAUUCUUAAGUGUAUGUUAAUAGAGUUUAGUUAUAUUCAAUCAAAAGCAGCUAUAAAUAAUAUUAUUUUACAUUGAAAUAUUAUAAAAUAUUUCAAAAAUCAUUAUUUAUUCUGAUAAAAUUGUAUGUUUUACAAACGACGUUUUAAAAACGAUCAAUUAGAUUAGAUCAAAUCAUUUUCAUUUAAUUGAAUGUAUUUUAUCUAAUAAUUUUAAUGUGCUACCAUGAUUAUGUUAUUCUUUUAUUCGUUUGUAUCUUUCUAUCCAGUUGUGAUUGCGCUACGCUGAAAGACAGUGAGGUGAAAUUGUAUAAAGAUUCGCUGGAUUGUGAUUGGUCAAUCAAAAUACGGAUCGCGUCUGUGAUAAGAGAUGUUAAUGAUUAAAUAAUUUUGUCUAAUGUUUUAUAUAACCAACGACAUGAAACUCUUUAAUGGUUACAAUUGUGUUUCAAAAUCAUUUAAAUUGUAAUAUUUAUAUAACAGUAACAGAUUUGCCUUUAGCGUGCGACUCUUAUCAGUUAAGUUUUUUGUUUCUUCUGCAUUCUGUCUAUGUGUGUAUAUAACACUCGCUCGUGCGGUGGACGAAUAAUUAUAAUAAGUUAAUUGUUUUUUAAUUUGCGCCACUGGAUAAUUAUUAAUUAUAUAAGUAAAUUGUAUUUAAAAUAAUAAUUGUACUUAUAAAUAGGAGUUUCAAAGAUACCUAGUCGAUACGAUAACUUAUACACAAAACUGAUAAAACUGAGAAUUAGGAAAAAAUUUACAAAACAUUUCAUACGUUUAUAUAAUAUAUUUCAUAAUGUUUAUAUUUAUACCUAUGUGCCAUAUUUGAACAAUUCAUUAGAAUGUACAUAAUAAUAAGUUUA